AUGAACCAUGUCCCUUGGAAGAUGACAAGCUUGAAUAUUGCCGCUGAAUUUGAAUUUCCGAACGUGCUUGCUUCUCUUUUGGAAAAUGGCGGGGACCCAAACGAGCCUGGUGGCCACGGGGCAACGCCGCUUGCGCGCUCCGUGCGGAAAUCAAAAUCCAAAAGAGCCGUAGAGCUUCUUCUAGAUGCUAAUGCAGACGCCCACGGAUGGGAGGAGCCUUGGUACAAUGAACGCGACGAGUCAGGUAGCGAGGUUGAAGUCAAGCCGUUUGCAGCAUACGUCAUGUGCGCCUCUGAGAUUGGAACCAAUGCCAACGACAUUCUACACCUGUUACUUCGAUCUGGGGCUGAUGUUUGUUUCGGGAUGAAGGAUGAAAAUCACCCUGUAAAGAUGACAGUCCUCCACUGUGCAGCAGUCGACAAGGACCCGUCGAUAUUAUUGCUUCUUCUUGGCUCGGAAACUACUGAUGUUAACUUCCAGCUCCGGUAA